UGUAGAUCUCAACCAUAAAUAUGAGAUCAAACAAUUCAUAUUUCCAAACACAAUUUUACGCAUAAAUGAUCUCAAGUAUCCAUUUGAAAUCGGACGGACCAGAUCCGUGCUUAAACGUGGGAAAAAUCCAAUUCCAAAUUACAAACAGUCCAAAACACAAACACCAUCGAUCUCUUCAACCGCCUCAUCAUAACCGAUUAAACCACCACCACUCUCUUGAAACUCUCGCGCGCUAUUCUCCACGACUUCUAGAACCUUCCUUCAAUGGCCACGGCUACGCUUAACUCCGCCACCACCGAUAACAACCUCUCCAACCUCAAAUCCGCCGUCGCUGCAUUGUCACAAAUCAGUGAGAAUGAGAAGAACGGAUUCAUCAACCUCGUUGCUCGUUAUCUCAGUGGAGAAGCACAGCAUGUUGAGUGGAGUAAGAUCCAAACGCCUACUGAUGAAGUGGUUGUACCUUAUGACAGUUUGGCACCAACUCCUGAGGGUUCUUCAGAGGUGAAAAACCUCUUGGACAAGCUUGUUGUUUUGAAGCUUAAUGGAGGAUUGGGGACAACUAUGGGCUGCACUGGUCCAAAAUCUGUCAUUGAAGUUCGUGAGGGGUUGACAUUUCUUGAUUUAAUUGUCAUCCAAAUUGAGAAUCUCAAUUCCAAAUAUGGAAGCAAUGUUCCAUUGCUUUUGAUGAACUCGUUCAACACCCAUGAUGACACUCAGAAGAUUGUUGAAAAAUAUACAAACUCGAAUGUUCAGAUUCAUACCUUUAACCAGAGUCAAUAUCCUAGAUUGGUUGUCGAUGACUUCUUGCCACUUCCAUCCAAAGGGCAGACUGGAAGGGAUGGCUGGUACCCUCCUGGCCAUGGAGAUGUCUUCCCAUCACUAAUGAACAGUGGACAGCUUGAUGCACUAUUAUCACAGGGUAAGGAGUAUGUGUUCGUUGCCAAUUCAGAUAACUUGGGUGCCUUAGUUGACUUGAAAAUCUUAAAUCAUUUGAUCCAGAACAAGAAUGAAUACUGUAUGGAGGUGACUCCCAAGACAUUGGCUGAUGUGAAAGGCGGCACUCUUAUUUCUUAUUUCUUGGAUCAUCUCCCUUUCCCAAGUUUAGGCACUAAUGAAUUUAAGUCGAUUGAGAAGUUCAAAAUUUUCAACACAAACAACUUAUGGGUGAACUUAAAAGCAGUUAAAAGGCUUGUUGAGGCUGAUGCUCUGAAGAUGGAGAUUAUUCCCAAUCCAAAGGAAGUUGACGGAGUAAAAGUUCUUCAGCUGGAAACUGCAGCUGGUGCAGCAAUUAGGUUCUUUGAUAAAGCUAUUGGAAUUAAUGUUCCUCGAUCCCGCUUCCUUCCAGUGAAGGCAACUUCAGAUUUGCUUCUUGUUCAGUCAGACCUUUACACUUUAAAAGAUGGAUUUGUCGUUAGGAACCAAGCUAGGGCAAAUCCUGAAAACCCUUCUAUUGAACUAGGGCCGGAGUUUAAGAAGGUUAGCAACUUCUUGGGAAGGUUAAAGUCAAUCCCCAGUAUUGUUGAGCUUGACAGUCUAAAAGUGGCAGGCGAUGUAUGGUUUGGAGCUGGUGUUACCCUUAAGGGAAAAGUAAGUAUUGUUGCAAAACCUGGUGUAAAGCUGGAAAUUCCCGACGGGACUGUGCUUGCAAACAAGGAAAUUAGUGGCCCUGAGGACCUGUGAGGAGGCUGGUGAAUUUUGAAAUGUAUCUAUGUACAAUGUUGAUAGUCUUCUAUGUACAAUGUUGAUAGUCUUCUGCUAUAAGUUGUGUGUAUUUUUGCGAGUAUAAUGGAAAAAAUAAUAAUAAAAUUGCGGUUCUUUUUCUUGAGA